UGCUGUAUAAAUGAAUAAGCAGUGAAGUGAAGGAGAGGAAACAUGCGCAAGAAGAGUUAAAGAAAAUGUGGAGAGAAAGAUGCUGUGACAGCAAAGUCAUUGAGAAUAUGAUGAGAGCCACUUUCUUCACUCAGAGGAAAGACAUUAUCAGUGGGACUGAGACUUCUGACUUGGCAAAGGAAUGGCCAUAUCUGUUUGAGACAACUGGCAUGAAGAUUCAUUUUAAAGAGCUUACAGGUGUGGACAUGGAAGACAAAAACAUAACUAAUAAAUGUGCUAGAGUUAUUUUUUUUCUUAAAUCUGGUGACAAGACAGGGAAGAUGGAGACCAUCUUCAGGGCAAUGAAAACAUCAAGCAAAAGUGUUGCAGUUGUUCAUGUUGCAGCGUUUCUUCCACUGCUGCUCAAGUACUUCAAUGAAGAAGAAGAGAUGUUCUACAGAGUGGAUCAAACAACCCUGCCCUCUGAAGUGGACUGUGCUGGACUUCCAAGUACACCAUGUAUUGUUGUGUGUGGAAACUCAACUUUGGCAGCAGAGAACUUCAUGCUAUCUGUGGACCAGACCAUUGUGAAUGGCCAUAUCAGAAUCUUCAGUGAAGCUCUAAUGCUGAUGUUUGGUUCAUACUACUGUAUGAACAUAUCUUACCCAGCAACCCAAGCAUCAACUUUGGAGUUCUUACAGAGGUGUCUCUUCAAGAUAAACCCAGACAAGGGCUCAAAAGUGGAGCGGAACACCAACAAAAAACAACUUGCAGUCAGUCCAACAACAAAAUUGCAGAGUAUGAGUGGAGGGAGUAAGAAGUGCUCACAAGUUAUGGAUACUUUAUCCAGGUUACAGACUGUUAUGGAUUAAUAUCAAUUGAGGUUUCAUGUAAGCUAUUUGUUAUGUAGCUUUGUUGUGUUGUGAAUAUAUGGUUACUUGACCAGGUUCUGGGUGCCUUAGAAAUAAUAAUGUAAUUGGUAACUCAGCGUAUUUUUUCUUUUCUUUUUUCUUUCCAGUUACCAGUUCAGUUGAAUUUUGUUUUAUUUUAUUUUAUUUUUGUUUCAAAACCAUUUUAAUUUAAUAGACUUUUAAUAAUGCUGCAAUAAUGGUUACUUGUUACUUAAUUGAAUAAAAGUACAGA